AUGUCCUUCCCCGUCUUCCUCAAAACUGGCGACCAGGUAAAGGUCAAUGACCAUGUUUAUUGCUCGCCGAGUUGGUCGGUUCGAGACGGCACCCCUUAUUCCAUAGCACGAAUCAUGGAGUUUCUCCCUCCAGAAGGAACCCCCAAGGGCGCGGGAAGUAACUCCCAGCCGUACCUCUACACACGGGUGCGCCUGGCCUGGUAUUAUCGUCCCAGUGAUGUAAGUGAUCGCGCGGUCAGCGACUCUCGCCUGCUGCUGGCCGCAAUAUACUCCGAAGUGUGCGACAUCAAUCAACUGCGUGCCAAAUGCCACGUUGUGCACCGGGACAAAAUAACUGACCUCGCUGGAUGGAAGAAACGCCCGGAUCGCUUUUAUUUUAAUCGGCUUUUUGAUCCUUACAUCAAAAAGGAAUUUGAGGUCAUCCAGGCAACAGACGUCCGGAAUUUACCCGAGAACAUUCGAGAGACUCUUAUCUCCCGCUACGAAUAUGUCGUCGCAGAGAAGGAGGUCGUCCCCGAACUCACAGACGCCAUCCGGCUCUGCGACACAUGUAACGAGUGGUGUGAAAGUCCCGAAACGGUGCAGUGCGAUCGGUGCAAGAAGUACUUCCACAUGCGAUGCGUUCAGCCACCUUUGUUGGGGAAACCAUCGCGUGGAUACGGUUGGACGUGCGCCCCCUGUUCCAAACAGCACGAAGAAGAGGUUGAUAGUCACGAUGUCCGCCAUCCCACCCCAACGAUCACAAAGCCCAAGUCCAAUGCUCCUCCAGUGCGAGGGAGGGGCCGGCCGCGCAAGGACAGGGGACAAGCUGAGCGGGAGGAGAACCUCCCUGUUAAGCACUUUAAUAUGUGGCCCUUCCGAUACUUCGGGCAAUACACCAAUGCGAAAGAUACCCUAGAUCCGGAUGAUCUGAUCUUCCCUAGGACUGCUACUCGUCAAGGGCCCAAAUAUCAGGCCAAUGUACCAUUAGCUCCAGACCCAAAUGCUAUAAUGAGCACUGACCCCGACGAGCGUGGCGGCGAUAGCACGAUUCAAAUCCUCAGUGUUAUAAAUACGCUUACAGAUGCCGAAGUGGAUGAGAUGGAAUCAUACAAGGAUCAUCUCAGCUCGAACGAGGAGCUAAAGCAUGGGGUCGACUGGUUGACAGAAGUAAUACGUAGAUAUUCUGACGCCAUCAUGACCUCGCGACCUCUUUCGACGGUGAACAUGACGUCCCCCCUUCGCUACGAAAAGUGGAAGAAGAACGAGACUCGUUAUACUGACAAAGAGUGGAGUAAAGAGGAGAAGUAUGCUUUCGAGGAAGGCAUAUUCUCGUACGGGGCCGAGCUUCGGGCAGUUCGAGAUGAGGUCGGCACGCGGCAGAUGCCUGAAGUGGUCCGAUACUAUGGGCAUUGGAAGAACUCGAAACUGGGUGAGGAGAACCGUCGCAUUCUCCGCCAGGGCCAGCCCUCGAAACCCCCAAGCGAGCGGUACAAGAGCAUAUCGGAUGCGAACAACGGCCAGCGCGUGGGCUUGCCUGACGACGACGCAUCGAUCAUCGAGUCUUCCGCGACGCUUGUCUGUGGCGCAUGCCGUACACGUGAGUCCGAGACCUGGUGGAAGGCCCCCAAGCAUAUCUCCGCGAACGCUCUCUGCGAGAGUUGCGGCAUGAACUGGCGCAAGUACGCAGAUCUGAAUGUCAGGCCGUCCAGAGAGGAGUCUUUGCCGGUGACCAAGACCAAAGCGUCUACAGAGAAGCGCGAGGGGACGCCCUUACAAGGUCCGUCAGCGAAGAGAUCAAAGACUUCGGCGUCAGCACAUUCUACCCCUCCUCCCAUCCAGUCCAACGUACCACAGCUAAGAUGCAUGUGCUGUCAGCAGAGUGGCCCUCUUGGUAAGGUCCUGAAAUGCAAGAAGUGCCAAUUACGCGUCCACACAGGCUGUUAUGGUGCAAUUGUGGAUUCAGAUAGUUUGGACUCAUGGAAAUGCGACCUGUGUCGGAAUGAAGAAACUAUGGAGGCCUCUGUGUAUUCCGACUGUCUUCUGUGUCCGCGAACACGCAAGAACAACAAAGCCGCACCCAGUGAUAACUUCUUACGCGCUUUCAAGCCUACAGAAGGGCAGGGAUGGGCACAUGCCCUAUGCGCGGUAUUCACGAACGAUCUCACCUUCACGGAUGCUUCUCGCUUGCGAUUGGUGGAAGGUAUGAAUACCAUGAACCCCCGUCGAUUCUCGUCCAAAUGCCAUCUUUGUGGAUCAUCGGACGGGGCUGUCGUUCGAUGUAACGAUUGCCCGAAGGAGUAUCAUAUCUCCUGCGCAUGGAAGCAUGGUCUCAAGUUUGGGUUUGAGAUACAACCAGUCAAAAACAAUCGCCGCGAAGUCACGAGCUUCAAAGGCGAGACGGGCUCCAUGGUUGCACUCAUUCUAUGCAAGGACCAUGAUAAAUCAAGACGAGACAUCUAUGAUAUUUGUGAAGCAGACGACACUGGCGAGACGGCGUUGCAGGCCUACUGUCGUACCUACAAGCAGGCACCUGUGUCUCAAGCGCACGGUCUCUUGCGCAAGGCCCGUCGUCUAGACCAGAUUAUCAACUUGCCGGAUAAUCUUGUCAAUCCUGACCCAGGGAGCAAGGAGCCCAAAUGCUACGAGUGCAAGACUGAAUUUGCGCCCGCCUUUUACUCGUAUGUCCCGCCUAAACAGCAAAACAAAGUUUGGCUGUGCCAUCGCUGUUCGCUCGGAUCACCACACAAGCGGGAAGCCAUCCACGGAUCCAUGCCGGACUCUACAUAA